CGCAAGCUCCUUGUGUCACUCAAUAAGUACAACAUCCUCGGAGAAUGGCGACCACAGGAUCGAGAACUCUUCAGCAACUUCCCUUGCAUGUUGUUGCAGGGAUUCUUGUUCAUCUGGGAUCUUUCCAGCACCUUGGAUGCGCUAUCCUGAGUCAUCGUGUCUUUCUUCUCGCGUUCCAGGACAAUGUCCGCUCUAUCACUGGCGGCAUCAUCACAGCUCAGAUCCCACCCGAGAUACUUCCUUUCGCGAUUGCGCUUCUGGAAUCGACCUACAUUGAUCCAGGGAACUACGAUGCGGCUGAAACCCUCUUGAUGAAUUUAAACACAGCCAUAAUCAAUCCGUCAAACGCAGUUCCCUACCUACUCCGUGCUUCUGUGUCUCAGAUUUUUCUCAUGAGCAAGAGUUACGAGGCUGUUGAAUCUCUUCGUCAUGGCCUGGUCGAGGAACUCAUACCGGUGCUCAACAAGAAACUGGGUUUGAGCCACUCCCGCCAAAUAUCGCAGCAUGAGAGAUUCCGUCUUGAUCGAGCCUUCUUUCGCUAUCAGCUUAUGUGUAGCUUGUUCAGUCGCGGGAAAAGGCCAAUUCACCCAACCCCACAUCAAAUAGACCUUUUUUUCCACGGCUUCUCACCCUGGGUCAAUGAGCAAUUGAUAUGCGUUUACGCCUACCUCGAGCGAAAAGUCUGCGAUGCCUUUGACGACGUCGCUGGACACGACGUGGACUUUGGAGAGAUACCUGUAUACUGGCAAGAAGACCCAGAGGACAGUCCACAUAUUCAAGAGUUUCUUUGCCAAGGUCUUCCCUAUCUUAGCACAAUCUGUAGUACAAAGAAUUACGACGUCAGGGCCAGUCUCAUUACAUUGGAGAGAUUCCGUGCCAUGAACUGGGAUAAACAUCCUACUAAUGUGCUGUUCAACGCAGCUCUUCUUAGUGAGAUGGAAAACCACGAAUUCGAAGAAGACAACGCACCUCUUCUCGCGGAUUACAAGCUAGCUGAAUUAGCGAGGCCGUUGGAUGGAGAGCAGGAUUCUAUCGACUCCGGCCCCUGCAGCAUAUGGUUUAACAUGCACUUGGAGAACACACUAUUCAGCUCUGUGUAUAAUCGAGGAAUAGACAAAAAUCUAUGGGAAUUCGGAUAUGUCCUGUGGGACUAUAACGACACGAAUAGAACCGAGAUCUCGUCAAAGGGCAAUGUCGCAAGGCAGUCGCCAUACUUCCCAGAGCAUCUAGAAGUAUGGACGAAAGAGGAGAUAAAUAGAUCUCUGGAUGAGAGGGCGGCUAUUUAUUUCGCUAGCGGCAAGGGUUACUGGCCUCGUGACCGUUACGACUUUAGUGGGAUACGUGGGCUAACCGAGGAGACGAAACAACGACUAAUUGAUGGUUGGCGGCAGCGUGAUGAGUCGAAAAACAGGCUCAGGGUACAGGAGGCGGCGGAUGGCAAAGAGGACGAGUAGAAUCGUGUAUAGCUUCUUAGGUUACAAGAGAAUCGUAUAACUCUUGCUGCGACCCACCCAACGGUAUGGAGUAGAAUCACACUAUCAUUGCUCUAACUCGGAGUUAUUUCGAAACCCUCCAUUGUCAUUUCAAGGCCUGCAAAUGACUUUCCUUCUCAUCGAGUGAUAUCGCGCGCGUUGACUACGUUGGAAUAUCCCUGAGAAGGUGCCCUCACACCCGUGUUGCCG